UUGCUUUUCUCGUCGGUAGCGCAGAGACCAAUAAAUUGAUUCAAAUUUCCAAAUUCAAAUAUAGUUAAUACUCUUGGAACACACCCAACAAACAAUAACCGAAAUCAUUAAAAGCCAUGGAGGAUGACCUCGAAUUUCUUAUCAACGCCCUGUCGGUACCAAACACUCCACUGACCGAGCCCUACGAUGAGUUGCAGCUUCUUGAGAUGCGUGAAUCCUUCAAGACGCUGCAGAAGCUCCUGCGGCGCAGUUCCCUUCCCGUGGAGGCGAGUCUGCGUUCCAUGCCGAGAUCGAAAGCUGGAGGACAAAUAGAUGCAUUCCCAUCCAUGCUGGCUCUUGUGGACAAGGAUUCCGAGAGGGCCAGCGAUCAGGUGUGGAACUCGGCGGACAGCGGAGCCCGCUCGUCGCCCAUCAUUUCGGAGUGCGGCCUGCGGGAUUGGGGAAAGGAGAAUCCUUCCGCCGAUAUUGGAGACAGGGCACUGGUGCCCUACGAGGAACUGUGCAAUGAGCGUAGCAGCUCGGAUACCACAAUCACCAGCCGGAGCUUCGCCUCGUCGGGAAUCUCGAUUAGCAUACCUGUUCAUUUGGUAUGGAACAACAAAGACUUUAAUCAGCAGAGCACGGACAGUGAAACCACAAUAAGAGCGGACGGCUGCAGAUACAGGGUUAAAAAUUAAGCCACGGUCUACCAUAGUAGUUUUCAAAAUUGGAGUAAGAGGAUUGAUGUUUCACGCAUAUUUAAUGCAUGCUAAAUAAAUGGUGAAUAAAAUUCAAAUGAUUUUA